AUGGCGACAGAGACCCCCAUUUAUCCCCUCAAUCCCACUGAACGGCAAAAGAAGCGCAGGAUACAGUUCGACGCCACACCUCCAGACUUCAACCAAGCCGCGGAAGAGUUACUAAAAGACGAGAAUCUCCCACUUUACGCAAGAACCAUCGUGGCGUUUUUGAUGGAGAAUCGGAAACUCUAUGAAAUGGUCGCCGAACAGAAUCUAUACCGAACCCCUUCCUGCCCCGUUUCUGGUACAGAACAGUUGGUAAAGGCUCUUACCGAUCUAUUAGCCUGUCAAAAUUCGGCAGUCCUUAUGGGAGAUUUCAACCUACCAAAAGUGAAUUGGGAAGACCACUUUACCUCAGAACCAGCGUCCAUAUCUAUCAGAAACUUCAUCCAAAUGUGUAGGCUUUACAAAUUGUCGCAGCAAGUUAAACCCAAUACAUGCAAGGAACACUUAUUGGAUCUCAUAUUCACAAAUAGGGAUAAUUUGGUCAGCGACAUAAGCGUGGAGUCUCCUCUUGGUAGCAGCGAUCAUUCCUCGUUUAGAUUUCAAAUAAGCCACUACGAAAUAAGGGAGACUGAGUAUGUCAGGUACAGGGAUUUCAGAAAUGCAGAUUUGAACGGGAUGAGGCAGCACCUAGCCAGUGUUGACUGGUAUGGAUCCUUCAUGACCGUCACCACGGUAAAUGAAAUGUAG